UUGGCCUGACCCGAGCAAGUUGGAUGGAUAGUCCAAGUUUAAAUUCGAUUGAUAUUCCUUCUAAUUUCUUUACUCAUCGAAUUUGUUUCCAUAAUUCUCCUUUCGACGGCUUCAAUUGGGGUUACGUUCAACUUUCUUCAAUCUUAUACAGGAUCUGAUUAUAGGAGAUUUAAAUUAGGCGUAUUCGAGGAGCGGGUAAUUGAUUUGGCUGAUUUUAGCAUCCCGAAUCUGAAAACAGAAUGGCGUUGAAGUUUCUGAACAAGAAAGGAUGGCAUACUGGAAGUUUGAGGAACAUCGAAAACGUGUGGAAAGCGGAACAAAAGCAUGAGGCUGAGCAGAAGAAAUUGGAAGAGCUUCGCAAGCAGAUUCAUGAGGAGAGGGAACGCUCAGAGUUUCGUCUUCUCCAGGAACAAGCCGGCCUUGUCCCGAAGCAGGAGAGGUUGGAUUUCCUUUACGAUUCUGGGCUUGCGGUUGGGAAAGGCGCCAGUAGCUCCGCAGCUGGAGGCAGCGGUGAAGGUUUUAAGGCUCUUGAAGAGGCUCUCCCUUCGUCUAAGGCUACGGAUUCCUCAGCCAACCAGUCUUCUGCGCCGGGUGCCUUGUUCGAGGACAAGCCUCACUCGGCCAAUGAUGCCUGGCGCAAGCUCCAUUCGGAUCCCUUGCUUAUGAUUCGCCAGCGCGAGCAAGAUGCCCUUGCCCGCAUCAAGAACAACCCCGUCCAAAUGGCAAUGAUUCGUAAAUCAGUUGUAGAAAAGAAGAAAAAGGAAAAAUCCCCCGAUCAUAAGGAACACCGUAAGAAGCACCGGCAAAGUAGUUCCAAGCAUAAAAAACAUUCAUCACGUCUUUCAGAUUCUGAAGAUCACAUUUCUAAGGAGGACAAAAGAAAUAGAGAUCACCAUCGCAAGAGGUCAGAUAAAGAGGGCUGCUAUCGCAGAACUGAGUCAGACUCAGAAGAUGAAUUGAAGGAAGCAGAAAGCCGAGAGAGGAGUUUCCACGGGAAGAAAUAUAGAUAUGAGGAUCAAGAUGAUGUUAAGAGGAACCAUGACAAAUCUAAGCGUGAUAAAUAUUCUACUCAAGCUCCACGAAGUCUUGAUGCUGAUAAAAAUCAUGAAAAAGUUGGACCAGCUUCUGACCAUCUCAAGACGUCAGAUAAAGAGGGCAACUAUCGCAGAAUUGAGUCAGACUCAGAAGAUGAAUUGAAGGAAGCAGAGAGUCGAGAGAAGAAUCGCCGCAGGCAGAAAUACAAAUAUGAUGAUCGUGAUGAUAUUAAAAGGAACCAUGAUAAGUCUAAGCACAGUAAAUAUUCUUCUCAAGCUCCACGAAGGAUUGAAGCAGAUAAAAAUCAAGAGAAAGAUGGACCAUCUUCUGACCAUAGAGACAUUGCAACUCGGGAUAACAGACGCCGGGGUGGCACCUCUAAACUUUCUGAAGAGGAGAGAGCUGCCAGGCUUCGUGAGAUGCUAGAGGAUGCUGAGUUGCAUGAAGAGCAAAGAUGGAAGCGGUUGAAAAAGGCCGAGGAGAACGAUACCCGAGAGGCUACAGUGUCCAGCACAUCUAUUGGCAGAAACUUCUUGGAUGCUGCUCAUAAAAGCAUUUACGGUGCCGAGAAGGGAGGAAGUUCAACAAUAGAAGAGAGUGUCCGUCGCAGAGCACAUUAUUCACAAGGCCGUUAUGAAUCAGAAAGAAACGCUUUUAGACGAUGAUGAUAUUCCUGAUAAAUCCAGGUAUGCACUCCAGCAACUCUAUUCAUAGGCAUGCAUGGUUCAUGCUAUUGUUGAUAGUGAAUAGUAAGCCGAAAUAGAGGUUUUUGGUCAAAAACUGAAUUGUAAUUAUAUGUUCAAUUUUCAGCUCUCAGCGAGGUUUGAGUUCUUGUUGCACCAUUGAUUCUGCAUGGACCAACAUGCUGGUUAUGGUCUCACGCGAGGACUAAUGCAUGAAACAAUAUCUUUCAGUGGAAGCUUAUGUGAACGACUGGUAUGUAAUUACCCUUAAUGUUCAAUUAUUCAAUCGUAUGUUUUGGACAA